AUGUCGUCAUCACCUUUUCCAAUCCUGGACAACCGACCAAUUGACAAGUGGAAGGUUACCGAGUUGAAGGAAGAGCUUAAAAGACGGAGAUUAACUACACAAGGCUUGAAGUUGGAUUUGGUUAGACGUCUUGAUGAUGCCCUUCGUGCUGAGCAACAUGGCUCUGAAAGGCUCAAUGCUGCUGCUGCUUCUUUGGCAGCCAAUCAACAGCCUGAGGUUACUUAUGUACCUGGAGGCAACGUUGCACCAGAUCCAAUUCAAACCACUCCCUUUGUCCUAGCUGGAGCGGCAUCCACCACUGAGACCACUCCAGGACCAUCUGAGUUUAAGACAACAACAACUGAAGCAUCUGCUGCGAUUGAGACAACCCCACCCCCUGUGGUUUCUAAACCAGAGGUUAACGCUGUUGAUGUCAGAGACGUAGCUGGUCUUGAUAGUUCAGUGGUUAAUGUGACGCUCCAAGAACCUCAGGAAGUAGAUGUGACUGCAACUGGUGGUUUAGCUGCCGAAGAGGGUUCUGACGAGCAGAUUGUUGAGAAAUCUGAUGCAGAGAUGGAGAAUAAGGAAUCGUUUAGUGGGCUGGAUUCUAACUCUGCUACCCACAACCAGGUAUCUGAGGUCAUCCCCGUUACAGGGUUUGAGGUAAAAUCUGAUUGUAUUUCUACUGAUUCUGUCUCAAAUAAUGCAAAAAUAGAACUAAAGGGUAAUCAAAUUGCUGAUAAUGUCAAAUUAGAACAUAGUGUUAGUAAGUCCCAAGAUCCAUCAACAGUCAUUGGCGAAUCGCAUCCAAUGGAUGUCGAGAAGCCACUUGAGCACAAGGUAUCUGUUGGAGGUGGAGAUGACAGCGAUGCUGCUAAUGCAGAUAUGAUCAAAGGAAAUAAUAAUAAUGUCGAUGCAGGCGACUCUGAAAAGUUGAAUUUAGAUAGAAGUUCUGGUGAUGAGUCUAUGGAUGAUGAACCAGAGACGAAGCAAACCGAAUCAGUGGUGGAUAAGAGUGAGAAAACUGACUUGCUUCCUGAGAAGGCUGAUAUUAUUAAUGCUGAGAAAGGGGAAGCCCCUGAUAAUAAAAGCCAUCCACUGGUGGCUUCUGACAAAAGAAAGCUUCCUGUUAAUGAUCAAGAAGCUGUUGGAAACAAUGAGCCUGCAAAAAGGCAACGCCGUUGGAACUCUGGGACUAUUAAAGUUCCUGAAGCACAGGCCGUUAAUAGUGCGGCACCCACUACAACACCGAAGUUAGCUGGUCUGAAGCGUGACUUCUCCCGAUCUGACUCUUCGGUUAGUGAGGAUGGACCCAAGGAACGCGUGGUUCCUCCAUCCCCAAAGGAGCCUACCAAUUCCCUCAGGAUUGAUCGUUUCCUUAGGCCGUUUACACUGAAAGCUGUUCAAGAGCUUUUGGGUAAGACCGGAAACGUCACUAGUUUCUGGAUGGACAGCAUUAAGACCCACUGCUACGUAUCGUAUGCUUCAGUUGAAGAAGCUGCAGCAACAAGAGAAGCAGUGUAUAACAUCCAGUGGCCACCUAACGGAGGUCGCCUUCUGAUAGCUGAGUUUGUUGGGCCAGAGGAAGUGAAGGCAAAAUUGGAAGCUCCUCCUCCUCAGCCUCAGCCAAAGGAUAAGGCUCCUUCGCAGCCACCUCCAACUGCUUUGCCACCGCCACCGCCUUUGGCCAAAGCACCUCCAGUCAAAGAACGUCUUCUUCCUCCUCCUCCUCUAGUUAUAGAGGAACAAGAGCCCCCCAUAGUCACUCUGGAUGACCUUUUCAAGAAGACAAAAGCAAUCCCCAGAAUAUAUUACUUGCCCUUGUCAGAGGACCAAGUUGCUGCUAAACUUGCAGCUAAUAAUAACAAGUGAUCUUGUUGCUUAGGAAUUUAGCUCAGGUUGCGGACAAAGUUGAGGACUUGUUUGAGUUUGGUUUUGUAUUUCUAGGGGAAGACUUUUUAUGUUUUUUUUACUAAACUUUGGUGCCUUAUGAUGAACGAACAGAGUUGGUUAGUGUGCUUGGACCUCCUUGCUUUUUUUUCCUUUUUAUGGAGCUUUGAACAAUACAACUGCUUGUUCGAAAAGUAAGGGUGUCAUGAAGUUUCGUCUAUUGUCCCUAGGUCAUUAAGUAAAACUCUCAUGUCAUUAGAUUUUAGAUUUUCGAUUAUAACAUUUACAUCUUAGACAUGUUGCUUACUUUUAGAUUAUUUAUAAAUAAGUUAAUCUUGCAUACAAUAACCUUAACACUCGACAAGGAAACACCCAAGUAACUUCAGAUGAAAACUAUAAACACGACCAAGAUAUGUUUAACACACAUCCCAUAUACAUACGUACAUGCUACAUAUACAAAGGACAAAUUACAUGUCUGAACCAGUCCAAUAAUUACCUUAGGUUUUACUCGUACGAUUUGAUGCUUGUUCAUUACAAGACGAGCGAGAAGGGAAGACUUUGUUAGAGUUCCAACCGGAGGUGGCAAAAGAGGUCCCCACGGCGAGACUUUGGUCUUUUUCUCCCCUCUCCUUUUCUCUCUUUGCCUUCUUCUCCUUGAGCUGCUUCUGCAUAAGAUGUACAGGUGCGUAACUUGCUCCUAUGGAUGACAUCUUUUGUUUACUGUUUAUCAACGAUCUAAAUGCUGUAACCAAGAAUGCUAUGUAAUUGAGAGUUUCCA